AUGGCAGAAAUAGACCAAUUCGACAGCGCGCUGGACCUCCUCCGCCGCCUCGACCCCAAACACACUUCCACGCACCUCAACUCCCUCAUCUCCCUCGUCCCCUCCCUAACGGAAGAUCUGCUCUCCUCCGUCGACCAGCCCCUGACCAUCGCGCGCUGCCGCAAGACCGGCCGGGACUACCUGCUCUGCGACUACAACCGCGACGGCGACUCGUACCGCUCGCCGUGGUCCGGCGAGUUCGAGUCUCCUCUGGGCGGCUCGGGCCUCGGCGGCGUCGACAGCGAGGGUAACAAUGACGGCGCGGGCGAGGGCGCCGUGCCGAGCGAGCGGGUGCGGGCCAUGGAGGUGCGGGCCAACGAGGCCUUCGAUGUGUACCGGGAGCUGUACUAUGAGGGCGGCGUGAGUAGCGUGUACCUGUGGAAUCUGGACGAUGGCUUUGCGGGCGUGGUGCUGUUGAAAAAAGUCGCCGCGCCCUCCUCCAAAUCCGAAGGCUCCUGGGAUAGCAUCCACGUCUUCGAAGCCGUGGACCGCGCCCGCACCGCGCACUACAAGCUCACGUCGACAGUGAUCCUGUCCCUGUCCACCUCCACGGCGGAGCUCGGCGACAUGGACCUCUCGGGCAACAUGACGCGGCAGAUCGAGUCGACGCUGCCCGUCGACGACGACGUCUCGCACAUUGCCAACAUCGGGAAGCUGGUCGAGGAUAUGGAGCUCAAGAUGCGGAACCUGCUGCAGGAGGUCUACUUUGGCAAGGCGAAGGACGUCGUCGGCGACCUGCGGAGUCUGGGCACCCUGAGCGAGAAGGGGAGGGAAGAGAGUGCGCAUAGGGAGGUCAUUGACUCGAUGAAGCGGUAG